AAUAGAAACGAUUAUACAUGAGAUAUCAUGUUAUGUGGAAUUCUCAUGGUUACUUUUUUCACUUCUUGGUUUCUACUUUUUGCUAAACACCAGACCAGGCCGUGUUUAGGUCAAACCAAACUGUCAGCAGAGCGUUAAAAAAUGGACCUCACAGAAGAGCUGGGGCAGUUGGACCUGCAGACCACUGAUGGACCAUUCACCAUGAAGGAGAUAACACAGAUCAUCUCUGACCUAAAGAAGGACAACUUCAACCUCAGACUCCGCAUCUUCUUCUACGAGGAGCGGCUGCAGCAGAGGUGUGAUGACUCUGUUGAGGAAAUGUACAAAACAAACAUUGACCUGAAGGUAGAGGUUGAAACACUGAAAGAGGAAAUGAAGGAGCUGCAGAGGGUCUCUGCCCUUGCACUUCAAGAUUACCCAGAGCAGAUGGAGCAGCUCCGAGAGUACUACAACACCAAGAUCCAGCAGCUAGGGAAGGAUCUGGAUUCAUCCAGAGUGGAGGUGGGGAAGCUGCCAACAAUGUUGGAGCAGGAGAGGACGCAUUGCCUGGAGAUGGAGAAGGAGCUUCAGGGGGAGGUUCACUCCCAAUCUGACAUAUCCACAAAGACUGACCAUUCCCAGUUGGACACCCCCACCCAGCCUGAACACUCCCAGUUCGAUGCACCCACACAGACUGACCCCCUAUCCAAGGAACAGGAACCAGACCAGAACCCGGAGAAGUUCCAGGACCUACUCAGUCUGCUGGAGGAGAGAGACUGGCUGAUAGAGCAGCUGCAGGCGUCUGUGAAGUCCCAGGAGGCUCUAAUAGACCAGCUGAGAUACAGUAGUGCUGGCCAGGGUAGCGGAGACCAGCCAUCAGCUGACCCUGACCGCCAGCUGUCAUCUCUCAUUGCUCAGAGAGAGAUGGACCUGCAGGCUCUGGAACAGGAUCAUGGCAGAGAGAAGAGGAAAUAUGACAGAUACAUGAAGGUGGAAUGAGACACAAAAUCCAAAAUUCAAGAUCAAAUCAAGCAUCAAAUUACAUAUUGGCCCAAUCAAAAACAAAAGUUAUCAUUCACAUACACUACAUAACCAAAAGUCCACUCUUCUGGGAAGGCUUUCCACUAGAUGUUGGAACAUUGCUGCGGGGUCUUGCUUCCAUUCACCACAAGAGCAUUAGUGAGGUCGGACACGGAUGUUGGGCGAUUAG